AUGGAGGCCCAAAAGAAGCGCAUCGAUCCUCACGCUGAAAAUGAUCUUUGGGAAAGUCUCAAAGAUUCGCGAGUGCAGAUUCCAAUCGAAAAAAAUGAAAAAUGGGAAAUCAAUUCGCCUCCGGAUGUGCCAUAUUUGAAAGUGGUAUGCAUAUCAGACACUCAUGAGCAACUCGGCAAAUGUUUCAAGGAAAUUCCCGAUGGCGAUGUGCUUAUUCAUGCCGGCGAUUUCACGAACAACGGAAAUCGCGACGAGCUCAUCAAAUUCAAUGAGCAAAUGGCGAAUUUACCGCAUAAGUACAAACUCGUUGUUGCCGGCAACCAUGAGCUCGGAUUCGAUGAAAAUGAGAGAAAAGAGCAAAGGAAUCCGCAAGAUGUGGGCGUAGGCACAGAACGAGGGUACGAAUUGCUGACCAACGUCACCUAUCUGCAAAAUAAAGAAAUUGUGAUCGAUGGUGUCAAAUUCUACGGAUCCUCGUAUCAUCCCCUCAUGGGCUUCCCAUUCUAUCGAACACGCGCCACCGAAUUGGCGGAAUGCUGGAAAUUGGUGCCAAAUGACACCGAUGUGCUCAUCACACAUACUCCACCAUUGGGAUACUUGGAUCAGUUUGGAGACGAGAGAUGGGGAUGCAAGGAUCUGUUGUAUGUCGUUGAAAGGAUUAAGCCAAGGUUCCACGUGUUCGGACAUGUCCAUGAGCGUCAUGGUACGAUGACCAAUAAUCACACAACGUUUAUCAAUGCCGCACAGUGUUCCCGAAACAAUAUCAUCCAGACAAGACCAGUAAUCUUCUACAUUCCAAAGAAAUUGUAA